CCAAAGCUAAGUGGUUAAGUUAUCAACUCCCACCAGACGGCUCAAUUUCACCGUAGUCUAUUUUUUUUUAAACCGCGCAAUAUCCGCAAUUCUCAGUGGGAGCUCCAAGAAGGAACGGAGAUUGUGCUUCCAUGGCGUUAACAUUGAAUACAGCUCCAUCUCUGAGAUUAUCGAGCAUCCAAGCCAAUCGAGUUCGAUUUCACUCUACUCUAUCACCGGUUUCUGUUUCGUUCUCUAGGAGGAGGCUUUUGGUUGUUGCCGCUGAAACUGACGCCAAUGAAGUUAAAUCUCAGGCUCCAGAUAAGGCGACGGCUAGUGGUGGUUCGAGCUUCAACCAGCUUCUUGGAAUUAAAGGUGCUGCGCAAGAAACUAAUAAAUGGAAGAUUCGUCUUCAAUUGACAAAGCCUGUUACAUGGCCCCCAUUGGUCUGGGGAGUAGUAUGCGGUGCUGCUGCUUCUGGUAACUUCCAUUGGAAUUUCGAGGAUGUGGCAAAAUCAAUUGCUUGCAUGCUUAUGUCUGGUCCAUUUCUCACUGGCUACACACAGACAAUCAAUGAUUGGUAUGACCGAGAAAUCGAUGCAAUUAAUGAACCUUAUCGUCCAAUCCCAUCUGGGGCAAUAUCUGAGAAUGAGGUUAUAACUCAAAUUUGGGUGUUGCUUCUGGGAGGACUUGGCUUGGCUGGUUUGUUGGAUGUGUGGGCAGGGCAUGACUUCCCUGUAGUCUUUUACCUUGCUCUGGGUGGUUCGCUGUUAUCGUAUAUAUACUCCGCUCCACCUCUAAAGCUGAAACAAAAUGGUUGGAUUGGAAAUUUUGCUCUCGGGGCAAGUUAUAUCAGUUUACCAUGGUGGGCAGGUCAAGCUUUAUUUGGAACUCUCACUCCUGAUAUUGUCGUUCUCACACUCUUGUACAGCAUAGCUGGAUUGGGAAUAGCCAUUGUAAACGAUUUCAAAAGUAUUGAGGGGGAUAGAGCUAUGGGACUUCAGUCACUUCCAGUAGCUUUUGGUGCUGAAACUGCUAAAUGGAUUUGCGUUGGUGCUAUUGACAUAACUCAACUAUCUGUUGCUGGUUAUCUGUUGGGAGCUGGUAAGCCGUAUUAUGCAUUGGCCCUCCUUGCUCUAAUCGCUCCCCAAAUUUUUUUCCAGUUUAAAUACUUCCUCAAGGACCCCGUCAAGUACGAUGUCAAAUAUCAGGCGAGUGCCCAACCAUUUCUUGUGCUGGGUCUGUUGGUUACUGCUCUAGCAACCAGCCAUUGAAGUCUUAACAUGGGGAGAAUGAAAAGUGCAGCAAUGGCCGUUUGAGCCGAACGCAAGGCUAGAGGGAGCGGGAAGCCAAGCCUGCGGACUCUCCCCAGCAGCACAGCUCACUUGAUGUCUUGUUUGGUAACCGCAGGUUUUGGAUCUCUUCCUUCAUAUUUCAAAGCUUUGAUUUAGGCUUGUAUCCCACUAUUAGCUAUUUUCGAUGUCAAAGCUUUCAAUAGGUGAAAUUUGAAUGUAUUGCACCUAAAUCAUCUACUGAUUACUUCGUGUUUGCCCGUAGUUGCCCACACGUUUAUUGUUUCUUUUCUUAAAAGCCAUGCUGUUUCCCUGUUUACCACUUUA